AUGGUCUUCAAGUUACCGUACCGUAUUACAGUUACUGUAAAAUGUCAAAACACUGGCAUCGACAGGAAGAACCGUUGCGUCAGGAUAGAGCUGCCAAAAAAAAUAGCGAGACAAUCAUGCAAGGCAUAUAUCACUCAGUUUGUUCAUUUAUCUUUGGAGUUUCCACUAGCAAGGGAAAAAAAGGACUAG